CCAAGGCGAGGAGAUAUCUUUUAAUUCAUUUGUUACAAAAAAAAUCAUUAUUUCGUGAUAACAACUUAUUUUUUUAUUUUUUAUUGAAACGUUAUUAGCGCCGUAGUUAUGCUUUCACUUUGAAGAGGUUAUGAUGUACGUUUUCAAUGUCACAGAGGUUUAUUUAUCCAUCGUUAAUGGACAUCGGUGCUACCGCGUCGAAUAUCAAAUCGGAUAUUGAAAGACAAAAUAGUUCGAGUGUAGAUGAGGAGCGAAAAGGGUGCGAUAACGUGGGGCUCGAGGUGUACAACGAGUUCGUGGGUGUCGCCAAUAGAGAAUUAGUUAAUUUAGAAAAUGCCGCCGUUAAUAUUGAUAAUUCUAACGACGUUAUUAUCGGACCAGUGACUCAGUUCAAUGUCAACGGCAACGUCACCAUUUAUCAAGGAAAUGACGGACAACCUAUCGAAAUUAAAGAUGGAUCGGAAAUACCGAAUUCAUCGUGUGAAGACCAAUCACCAAGACCUCAAAAAGAAGAACAAGACGGUAGUUUUUCGACGAAAAGAAAAUUUCCUUUAAAAUAUUAUUUGGGAACGAUCCUCUUUCUCUUCGUAAUAUCCGGAAUCACUGCGAUUCUCGUAUUUCAAUUAAGAAAAAAUACUCAAGAAGAACCAAACGAAUGGUCAAUUACAGAUAGUAUUUCAUUAGGAGAUCAUCGAUUAAUUUCUAAGAAAGAUUGGGGCGGUCGACCGGCUAGGAAGACAACCCCCAUGCCCACCCCCGUUAAUCUCGUAAUUAUCAAACACACCGCUAGCACCGUUUGCGAUAAUUACGAAGCGUGCGUCAAAAAAUUAGUAACCAUUCAAACGGACGAUAUGUCCAAUCGAAAUUAUUCGGAUAUUUAUUUCAAUUUCGCGGUUGGCGGGGACGGUAACGUGUACGUCGGAAGGGGCUGGAACGCGAAACCUGCUUCUGGAUAUAACAACAUCGAUUUGGUGAUAAUAGGAAACUUCGGAUUGGAUCCGUUCACUCCGUUAAUGAUAAGCGCCACCAAAGCGUUAUUAGUAUACGGUUUAGAAAAAAAUAUGUUAACGGAAAAUUACAGACUGAUAAAUCAUAAUCAAACGACGCCAACGUUGAGUCCUGGUGUAAACGUGAUUGUAGAAGUGAGAAAAUGGCCGCAUUACGACGGAAGGAAUUAUAUAGGCCAACCGUUGCCGUACGUUGAAUCGUCAGUUUUUGUAUUUAGCGAUAAUAAUUUUGGUUUCAACUACACCUACGACGUUGAAUACUCGAAUUACGUAAAGGAGAAGAUGUUGGAAUUCAAGUUGAAUUUGAAAAAAUACGGUAUUUCGUGGAUCAGUUGUGUAUUAGUGACGGUUUUUCUCAUAAUGACUGUAUUGCAACAAGUUAAUACCGAAUCCGAUCAGAACAACAGUUAUCCAAACAACAACGAAUCUUUUUGCGAUUGUCCGGUGGAAGUUUUCUCUAGAUCUGAUUGGGGAGGUGUGAAUCCGACUGCUACAAAAUCGCGUCAAAAACCUAUACAGUACGUUAUUAUAAAACAUACCGAACUUUAUUUUUGCGAGAACGUAUCGAAAUGUAAAUAUAUGACGAAGAACAUUCAAAAAAGGGAUAUGGCGAAAAAUUUCAGUGACAUUUCUUAUAAUUUUCUCGUAGGUGGGGACGGAAACGUUUACGUAGGAAGGGGGUUCAGUAAGUUAGGCGAAAAUUUGAGUUUAUCCAUCGAUAUAGCUCUUCAUGGAAAUUUCUUUUUCGAUCAAUAUUACGAAUGUAUGAUCGCUGCUACUAAACUAAUUAUAGAUUACGGUUUAGCUACCAAUCAGAUCUCGAAAAAUUAUUCUUUGUUAAGUCAUAAUCAGACUCUAAAAGGUACGGAUAGUCCUGGGAGGAAUGUGUUUAAAGAAAUUGCUACUUGGCAAGAUUAUCAUUAUGAUCGAAAUACGGCGAAUCUAUUCAGAGGAUGCAUCCUCAAACUCUACAAAGUCUACAUAAAAUUCUACCCGGACGUCAAAAAAAUUUUGUCGAGACUUUUAAUGUCGACUAUAUUAACAAGCUGCGCCCUGUGUUUAUACCUCGGAGUAGUUUCGGUGAAUAAAAUCCAACGCAAACUUCCUUACGACACAAGUAUAUACAAAAAACUAGGAAAUUAUUCGAUUUAUUACAUCGAUCAAUGGGGCGAAGAAAACGGAAUUGAAUUUGACGUAAAUCCGCUUCCCGUGGGACUGGUAAUAAUCGGCGAUACGAAAACCAAAACGUGCGACAACUUCGACGACUGUUCGAAGAUAUUAAAAUCGUAUCAACAAUACGAAAUAAUCAGUUUAGGUUAUAAAAAUAUUUGUGAAAAUUUUUUAAUAUCCACCGACGGGACUAUUUACGUCGGUAGAGGAUGGGACGUGAGAAAUUGUUAUGAUCGAUUGAGCAUAGAAAUAAGUUUCAUAGGAAAUUUUAAUAAGCACAAAAUGUCGAAAGAUAUGAUCACAAGUUUAUUAUUGUUAUUAAAUCAUGGACAGAAAUUGUAUAAAUUACCAAAUGAUUACAUAAUUAUCGCUUUGAAUCAAACUAUAGAUACUUUAAGUCCUGGUGAAUACGUGUACGAAGUUAUUAAAAACAUGUGCCAUUUUAGUAAUAUUAAUUUGAAAUCAAGAUUUAGUUAUUAUUUUUUUUCGUUUAUAUACGAUGUAACUAAGUUUUUUAAUAAUAUUUUUAGUACCACUAUUUGUUUGCAAACAUUUUCUUUAUAAUAAAUAAUAUUAUUAGUUA